AAAUCACUUGAAACUUUGUGUACCCAUCAGUUGAGAUUGUAGUCAAGGGCUAAGUAGUAAAAAAUUAUAUAAAAAAAACAAAAAUCAUAUCUACCCAUGUUAAAUUUUAGUCUUAUGUCAAUUCAUUACAAAUUUUGAAAAAUCUGUUCCGAGCUUUUGCCCUUGCCUAAUUCAGUAAACUAGAUGAGACGCUGCUGGAGUCCUCUUAAGAGCUUAAGUUAUAGCAACGCAAGUAAAUACCUACCUUACAGUUUAUUUUUCAUUAUAUAAUAAAACUUCAUUUAUAUUGAAUUCAAAAUGUAUACCUAGAUCUUCAUAGAACGUUCAGUAAGAUUAUGGCGAUAAAAACGUAUGAAAAAUUGAUUGAAAAGAAUGGACCAAAAUCAUCGUCAAUUUCAAAAUUUUCUAAUAAAAAUUCGCAACUUACAAUGAAAAUCGAUUAUACGGCUGACGACAGUAUAUCAAAUUGUAUUAGUAAAAGUGACACAUAUAAGAGAAAGAUCAACGCAUCGCCUUACUUAACAGAAGACAGAAACGAUAUGCUUUCAAGGAUUACCGAACAGAGGCUGGUAAGUAAAAAAACGACUGAUUUCAUUUCUUCCUAUCCUAUGGCUGUAAACAUAUACAAAGCAAGCUCAGACGAGUUCAAGGCUUUGAAGAAAAGUAAAAAAGUAAAGAAAUCAGUGUUGACAUUACCAAAUCAACCAGCGCCAUUACCUCAAGUUUGCACAGUUAGCGACAUGAACGAGUCAGAAUAUUGUGAAAACAAAGAGAUGAAACCCAAAAAGAAAAGAACAACACAAUCUAAAAGGAAGUCACGUAUAAGCAAACCUAUGCAAAUAUUCAACAGGGAUGCGGAGUAUUGUUCUCGACUUAAUAUUGAUUUGGACAGUAGUUCCACGGAUAUGAUAAACCAAUUUCCUGGCGAUGGAAAAAAAUCUAUAAAACGUCGAAGUAAAGUAGUAAGAACACCAGAUAAUAAUGUUCAUGAUGUGUGGGCCAUGGUUAGAAAAUUAAACAAUUUACGUUUUAUGCCAACGCCUCCGUUCUCUGAAGAGAGCAUAAUUUCUUUAAAGAAAAAUGGGGCCAAUAAACGGCGAAAUAAUCAAAUGGACACAAAAGUUAUUGAAACACACACUACAGAAGAAUUUACUUAUUUUACGAGCUUAGACGAUAAAUCUGCACAUAACUCACAAUCAAGCUUAGACUGUAUUACGGUUAUUGGCAAACAAGAUGAUUACCAAGAAUUCUGCGAAGAAAAUAACAACAAUAAAGCUCCACUCACCAUAAAAAAUCAGAAAAAUAUAAAAAAAGGCAAGGCAAAGUCAAUAUUAAAUAGUUCUAAAAAUAUUCGAAGGGGGAAAGAUAAUGUUGAAAAUUUUCACCAGGAUAAUAUGAAUUUAAAGCAUAAUAACGACAACCCAAAAUAUUCCCAAAAAAAAGUGUUAAACCAAAAUAAUAAAAUUAUACUCACACACGACUUUAGUAAAAACACAGAAUUGGGAUGCCAAAACACUAAAAAAGUCGAGAAAGAAUAUAAUGAAAGUGAUGAUCAAGUUCAUCUUUGUGGAAAGUCAGAUUCUAUCAUUGGUGAUUUCAUAAAAAGUUUUGAUGGCUCGACUAUUACAUUUGAAGAUACAUCCAAUAAAAUUAGUUUUUGUGAGUCACACGGUCAUAUAAAUGGUAUAACAAAAGUUGUGUUAAGUAAAGGGCAGAAUGAGGUCGAAGCAAAAAAAAUAUCUGAACCGAAAAGAAAUACAUAUUUACGUACAUCGAUGCCUAGCGCUAUAUUACGUCCUAAAUCAACUCAAGCCAAUAUAAAGAAACGAUUAGCCAAUAUUCAAUUUCCAUUAGUUAUUUUAGAAAAAGAUCAACUAACUUCUGCUCCGUUUCAUGUUACGCAUUAUGAACCACCCCAGUUCGAAGGAUUAGAUAAGGCUGGCUGGCCGUUUAUGAAAAGUUGGCAAAAACCAGCAAUUAUUAAUUCUAAACAAGAAAAUACUAAUUAUGUUAAUGAUAAAAGUAGCACUCAAGUCAAAAAAGCCAACGAAAAUAAUAUUAGGAAAAUACCCAAAGAACAUAGUUAUUUGCCAUCCAAAGAUAGAGAUAUAAGUGUACCAGGGCCUCCUACUAAUACAUCGAAGAUAAAUAUCAAAGCUCAGAAAACGAAACCAAUACAGCAAUUUAAAGAAAGAAUGUUACAAUUUCUACACAGGAAAUCUUCUGAUGAUGAUAAUAGAAAAUACAUGCCAAAGGACCAUACGAAACAACAAAAAUCUCCUAACGAUGAUGUGAAUAUUGCUAGAAACGCCCAAGGCAAUUUCAUGCUUACAAAUGACCAAGGUAAAAUUACAUAUAAUGAUGGAAAUAAAGCAAUAAAUCAUGUGCCAUCUAAAAUGAAACUGCCAUGGUCUAAGGGUAGAUUGGCAAGUGAGUUUAUAGAUAAUGUUAUGAAGAAGAUCAAGAGCGGUGUUUAUUAUAACCAAGACGAAAAAUACUUGCUUAAAAAGCGCUCUCACAUAACAAGAGAAUAUUCAGUUCAAACAGAAAUGAAUUUAACCCAGUACGAUUUCUGUGAAAAUUUCAACCAGAAAUCGAAUCAAAAUCCAAACAUUGAAGAAAUUUGUGACACAUGCGACCAGGCAAUUCCAGGUUUUGACGACAAUCCGAUUCAAUCUGAUUUACAACUUGAAACAAUAAACAAAAGUAAAAUUGCUAUAAAACAUUGCGUUACCAACAUUGUCGUGCAAUUUGACGUUGUAAUGCCUUAUGAUGUAAACAACAUUCUGCACGAAAUACAAUCCGCUUCUUGUAUACCUUUAACAGUUUCUGAAAGUCAUCCAAAGGUAUUUAAGGCAAAAACAAUGAUUGUCAAUGCGAUCCUUCCAGCAGAACUUUGCAGUAUUUUGCCAAACACGAUGAAAAAAGUUAUAGUUGAUAGUCAAUUACUGAAAAUAUUUGAUAAAGGAGAGACUCGCUUAUCUUCAGGAUCAACUUUACCCCAGACUGCCAAUUUAAUAAAGCAUUUCAUGCCGCUUCCAAUUGAUGACUCACCAAAAUCUAAAAUUCUGAGACAGGGGAAGUUUUCAAAUACAAUUAUUGCUAAAAAUUCAUCUCAUGAAAAAAUUAUCUCAUCUGGCACUUUCCAAGAUUUUUGCACGCAGCAAAAGAAUAAUCUUUUGCCAAAUAUUCACAAAAAUCAAUCGCUUACUUACUACAUUCAUCCCAUAAUACAUCCUAUCUCACUACCUAUUUUUGAGUCAGAUAACUCAUCAAAACUAGUGCCAGAAACGGAUGACAAUAGUGUACAUCAAAGUACAUCAAGUUGUACAGAGUUACAACCAUAUCAAUCGAACUAUGAAAACGGUAGUGUGAGUUUAAAUAAUAUUGAAAGCGUCUCUUUUAAAUUAAUCGAUCAAGACUUUAGUAUUCAAGUUAACAUUCUCGUCAAUCCCUUUAAUGGUGUAUUAUCUUAUAAGAACAUUUCAACCAUUAUGAGCAUUGGAGUCUAUACUGAGGAAAGUAAAGCUAAUUGCGUACUAUCUGGUAUGACUUUGGAUUCUCUUUACAACGGUAUCCGACAACAUAUUUCAAAAGGAAAUAAAACGGUUACAAAUAUGUUGAAACCAAAAGUCGCUAAAUGUACUCAAGUUUCGGAAAUAAAGAAAUUUGAAAAUUGUAAAACCAGUGUUAAGUAUUGUGUACCAAACAAUAGUAAUAAAAAAAGAACUUUCAAUAAGUUGUACAAAAAAUGUAAAUCUGCUUCGAACAUAUCUAUUGAAAGAACGAGUACUUCGCUUAAAAAACUAAGGAAUUUGGAUGAUUUUUUCCUAGCUAUAGGGUCAGCAAAAACCUUGGCUAGUGCAAUUGAUGGAUCUGCAGAGAAAAAGAUUUUGUCGUCAAUUAAGGAGCUAAAACAUUGGAUAAAUGAGAUAACACCAAGACAAGCUCUACUCAUAUUGCUGUUAGCUAAUAAAAAGGACACUUCGAAUUUAGUGCGGUAUCGCCCUGUUAUACUGCAAGGAAUUGCCGUUAACAGAAUUACGCGCGCCACAGAACUUGACAUGGAAAUAGAAGUGAUCGAGAAAGAAAAAUUAAAUUUAUUAUCUCCGUACGAAGGUAUUUCUUAUUUGCCAGCAUCUGUUGAAAAUCAGGACAAUCUUUUUGAAGAAUUGUAUUGGAUUGCGAAAACAACGGCUUCUGAUUACCAAAGGCCUUUCGACGAAUCCUCUGAGCGGUUGUUAAAAUCACUACUGGAGAAGAGGAAAAAAUUGAAUCCAUCCUAUCUUCGUGUGAUGGCACGUUACGUUGGUCUCGGUUUACUGAAAACGCCUAAAUAAGUCUGUCUUAAAAUUGUUUAGUUUAAUUUUAAAUUGCUGAGUCAGUUGU